AUGGCGGCUGUCGGGUGCAUGGAAAAUAGUGGGGAUAAUAACAGUGAAGAAAGACAGGACAACUGUGUCUCUGAUCUACGUGAAAUGUGCAAGAAAAAUGGGUUGAAUCACAAAUUAAAUUAUGAAGAUAAAACAGGUGAUUGUAUGAAUGCAAAGGAGAUAAUUUUGGAGAAACUUACAAGGAUCAACGGUACCAACAAACACAAUUCAUUCACGAAACCAUCGAUUCCAACACUUCGGUCGCGUGGGGAGAGAGUGUCCGGGGGGCAGGAUUCGCCCCGGCGGACAAGGAGGUUGUCCAAGCAGGAUCAGACUGAGCCACGAGUCACAGACUGUAAGGAUGAAGAGCAGGAGACACCGCAGUGCACUUUCCCCUGUGUGGACCUGUUCUCCGACAAGAAUGGAGUAUCCAGUUUGUCAGAAGAGAAAGAGAUAACAAGACUAGUGGAGGGGGGAUGUGCAUCAGAACAGGUAACCCCCGACACGUCGCGUUCGUGUACACCUUUAUCCAUCGUGGGGAGCUGUGUGCUCAGCCCUAUAAGUAAGGACAGUCGGCCGGCAGACACACAAUGUAGUUGUAAAGAGACUUAUAUAGCAUGUAAAUGGAAGGACUGCGAGUGUGGGCUUGAACCACCAGCCCUCAUGGACCAUAUUAGGCAGUGUCAUGUGGACACUCAGAGUGGUGAAACUUAUGUGUGCCUGUGGCAGGGUUGUAAAGUAUUUGACAAAAGUUCGUGUUCUAGAUCAUGGUUGGAAAGGCAUAUACUAAGUCACAGCGGCGACAAGCCGUUUAAGUGUAUUGUAGAUGGAUGUGUGAUGAGAUUCACCUCCCAGAAAGGACUGGAACGCCACGUAAAUAGUCACUUCGCAGUGCAGCAAAGCAACAACAACCGCACACAAAAGUCCCGAGAGGACACACCAACAAAAAUGUGGCGACGCAAAAAGUUAAAACGACGGCGUCAUACGGCAGUACGAACGACAGACUUCUUCGACUCAGGAAUCAUGGAGCAAUUACAGCAAGAGUUAAUGAACUUCACAGAGCACACUCACAUUGAUCUCAACGGCAGCUCAAACUCUGUCACAUUCCACAGUUCUGUCCUAGCCAGACGGAGGGAAGAAUCAGGCAAAGUCAAAGUACUACUUCAUUGGUCACCAGAAGAUAUUAUACCAGACAAAUGGGUGUCAGAAUCGGAGGUGCCAGCGCUACAUACGUGUACCAUUCCUGUUCGCCAACUACCUCAGGACACUGCCCUUGGUCUCCAUCCCUCCCUGUACCGACGCCAUAGGUACCGUAAGCACCGCAGGAAAUGACCAUUAGUCAGCUAGGCAGGCC